UCCCUCCCCACCCCCCCCGCCUCGGGGCUCCUGAGUCCUCCUUGGGUCCUAACUUAGAAGCCACCAACCACUGAAGUGUACAGAUGAGGAAACAGGCCUGGAAAGGAGCACUAGGAGUUCCCCUAUGGUGCAGAAGGUCAAGGAUCUGGCAUUGUCACUGCAGUGGCUUGGCUCGCUACUAUGGCACCUGUUCGAUCCCUGGCCCUGGAACGUCUACAUGCUGUGGGCACUGCCAAAAUUAAAGAAAGAAAGGAGCUCUAGAAUCCAGGCUUCCUAUCUCCCAGCCCAGCUUCUGGACUUACCUGCUUCCCCUCCCUUCCCUAGAGUACUGUCCUUCCCCCCACCCUGGCUGCCCCCAGCAGCUGCUGCAAGCACUCCUUAAGUGGAUCUGCCUUAAUCCUCUUCCCUUCAUCCCCCAGGGAGGAUGAGCUGGUGUUAAGACUAAUGCAGCCAUUAAUCCUAUUUCCUCCCAGCCAUGAUCCCCAGGAGCAGCUGGGUGGAGGGUGUCUGGGCCCCAAACCGAGAAAGAAGGGGCCUUAGCUAGAGCCUGGUCCCAGGAGACCAGGCUAGAGCAGACAUCACAUCUGAGUCAGAGCCUUCUCACUUCUGCUAACAGUGGAUCAAGCUUCCUUGAGAGUAACUGAGCUCCCCCAUUCCCAGAGCUAUGGGAGCAAGAACCAAACCACUCCAGAGCAGAGGGUGGACCAGGAUUCCUACCUGGGGUGGAGUCCCGUCCAGCUGUGCAAGGCCAGGAUUCUGUGUGAACAGUUGCUGACGCUGAAAACUAACCAACCAGAGGGGAGAGACAAAAUACCUAUGCUGGGAACCUAUCCCUUUCAGCCAAAUGGUGCCAGUCACCACAUUUAGCCCAUUGUCUUUGUCAUCUUCUGGCCUGGACACUUGGAGACCUUCAGGCCAGACUCGUAUCUGGGCCUCUAUGUCUGCAGCCUUGCACAGGUCUUGGACGCUGAGCUGAAGAAGGAAGAUGAGAAGCCCAGCCCAUCAAGGCCAUGGAGGUAGAGUCUUUGGAGGACCGGUCCCCAGCCCCGGGGUACAAGCGCUCUGGCCGCCGCUAUAAGUGCCUAUCCUGUACCAAGACAUUUCCAAAUGCGCCCCGCGCAGCACGUCACGCUGCCACACAUGGGCCUGCAGACUGCACAGAGGAGGCAGCCGAGGUGAAGCUGAAGCCAGAGACAGACCCCAAAGCGGAGGAUGCCAGUGGGGACAAGGUAUCAGGUGCAGCGGCUAAGCCUCGGCCCUACGCGUGCCCGCUGUGCCCCAAGGCUUACAAAACGGCACCAGAGCUGCGCAGUCACGGGCGCAGCCACACGGGCGAGAAGCCCUUCCCCUGCCCGGAGUGCGGCCGCCGCUUCAUGCAGCCCGUGUGCCUGCGCGUGCACCUAGCCUCGCACGCAGGUGAGCUGCCCUUCCGCUGCGCGCACUGCCCCAAGGCCUAUGGCGCGCUCUCCAAGCUCAAGAUCCACCAGCGCGGCCACACCGGCGAGAGGCCCUACACCUGCGCCGACUGCGGCAAGAGCUUCGCAGACCCCUCGGUAUUCCGAAAGCACCGGCGCACGCACGCAGGCCUGCGGCCCUAUGGCUGCGAGCGCUGUGGCAAAGCCUAUGCUGAGCUCAAGGACCUCCGCAACCACGAGCGGUCCCACACAGGCGAGCGCCCCUUCCUCUGCUCAGAGUGUGGGAAGAGCUUCUCCCGCUCGUCCUCACUCACCUGCCACCAGCGCAUCCACGCUGCACAGAAGCCUUACCGUUGCCCGGCCUGCGGCAAGGGCUUCACGCAGCUCAGCUCCUACCAGAGUCACGAGCGCACGCACUCGGGCGAGAAGCCCUUCCUGUGCCCGCGCUGCGGCCGCAUGUUCUCCGACCCCUCGAGCUUCCGGCGUCACCAGCGGGCCCACGAGGGCGUGAAGCCCUACCGCUGCGAGAAAUGUGGCAAAGACUUCCGUCAGCCUGCCGACCUGGCCAUGCACCGGAGGGUGCACACGGGCGACCGGCCGUUCAAGUGCUUGCAGUGCGACAAGACGUUCGUGGCGUCCUGGGACCUCAAGCGACACGCGUUGGUGCACUCGGGCCAGCGGCCCUUCCGCUGUGAGGAGUGCGGGCGGGCCUUUGCUGAGCGAGCCAGCCUCACAAAACACAGCCGGGUGCACUCGGGUGAGCGCCCCUUCCACUGCAAUGCCUGCGGAAAGUCCUUCGUGGUCUCGUCAAGCCUGAGGAAGCACGAGCGGACUCAUCGAAGUAGCGAGGCCGCAGGGGCUCCCCCGCAACAGGAGCUGGUAGUGGGGCUGGCGCUGCCAGUCAGCGUGGCAGGCGAGGGCUCAGCCACUCCGGCAGCAGGGGCGGGGCUCGGGGACCCUCCAGCCGGGCUGCUGGGGCUGCCCCCGGAAUCAGGAGGUGUGAUGGCCACCCAGUGGCAAGUGGUGGGCAUGACGGUGGAGCACGUGGAGUGCCAAGAUGCUGGGGUUGGGGAGGCUCCUGGUCCCUUGGGGGGGGCAGGCGAGGUGGGGGGUGAGGAGGUGGACGAGAAACCACCACAGUUUGUGUGCCGGGAGUGCAAGGAGACCUUCUCCACGCUGACGUUGCUGCGAAGGCACGAGCGCUCACACCCAGAGCUCCGGCCCUUUCCCUGCACCCAGUGUGGGAAGAGCUUCUCAGACAGGGCUGGGCUGCGCAAGCACAGCCGCACCCACAGCUCUGUGCGCCCCUACACCUGCCCCCACUGCCCCAAGGCCUUCUUGAGUGCCAGCGACCUGCGCAAGCACGAACGCACCCACCCUGUGCCCAUCGGGACCCCUACACCCCUGGAGCCCCUUGUGGCUUUGCUGGGAAUGCCUGAAGAGGGGCCAGCCUGAGGCCCACGCCCCUUCCGCCACACUCCUAGGAGCUCUGCCCCUUCAGGGUGCCUCCUGAAUUUCCCUUUGCCCCAGCUCACUCUUAGACUCCAGAUCCAUACCUGUGUCCCCAGGCAGCUAGCUCACCUUCCUGACAGAGCUGGGGACAGCAGAGGCUGGCAAGAGACAUGGCUCUCUGGGCACCACUCAUUAAAACACUCACUUUGACACUAGGUUGUUUUCUUGUCUGGUUGGGGAUGAGUGGGAAUUUGGGCAUCAGAUGGGCUUCAGUGGAGACCCCAGGGUUGACAGAUUAGAAACUAGAAGGGUCUUUGGAUGCAUUGCUUUCUCUAAAUAACGUUUCAGAAAUGUCUUGUGACAAAGGAUUCCAUGGUCAAGUAAGUACAGGAAAUCCCUGUACCUGUCUUGGGGAUUCUUGGUGAUCAAAGUAUUAAAAUCAUUGAUAAGA